AUGAGGCUCAUAUCUAUCUUCGGCGUGCAUUUUCUGGCUGCGCUGGUGCACCUCCAAUCUGUCUCCGGUGCUAGCAACUCCUCCUCUUCCUCCAAGGCACCGACCCUGCCGCUGAGCACCGACUCGACGUUCAACUUCGAUUUCCUGAUUCCUCUCGGCCUGGCCCUAACUGGAGGGUCGGACAUUAGCCCGGUCCUUGGUGUCGCCAAUGUCGUCGAGCCCGGCAAUAUGACAUCGUACUAUGAGGAGUUCUACAAACUGGCCAACUACACCAAAAACCAGGCCGAGGAUACGGAGAACGCCUACGACCCUAUCAACGUCCGAGACACCUGGUUCUCGGCGUCGAAUUACUUUCGUCGUGCGGACUUCCUCAUCCACCAGAACUGGAGCAACCCGGACAUCAUGACGCUGUGGGCCGAGCAGACCAGCGCCUUCAACAAGGCCAUCGCAGCGCUGCCCAUCCCAGGGACGCGGAUCCGCAUCCCGGCCAAGAAGCAGAACUUCACCAUCGAAGCCAUCUGGUACGGUGCGAGCACGAACAAGACAGCCAAGUUGCCCACUCUCGUCGUGGGCAACGGCUUCGACGCGGCGCAGGAGGACUCGUACCACAACUUCUGUGCGCCGGCAGUGCUCCGAGGCUGGAACUGCAUCACGUACGAGGGCCCCGGGCAGAACACGGUGCGCCGGUACCAGGACAUCGGCUUCAUGCCAGAGUGGGAGGACGUCGGCACCCCCGUGGUUGACUGGGUGUACGAGAACAAGGCAGAUGUUGUCGACGGGGACCGCCUCGCCCUCCUCGGCAACUCGUUCGGCUCCCUCCUGGCCCUGCGCGUGGCGGCUUUCGAGCCCCGGAUCAAGGCGGUAGUCGCCAUCGACGGCAUCUGGGACUUUUACAAGAGCGCCAUAGCUCCGAUCCCGACCGAAGUCCUCGCCCUGUACGAGGCCGGCAAGGAGCAGGAGUUCGACAGGGAGCUGCUCCACCGGCGCGCCACCAACCAGCUCUCCACGAUGACCGCUUGGGGUCUGGACCAGGGUCUAUGGUCCUUCUACACGCAUUCGCCGUCCGAGUUCCUCACCAAGGCCAAGGAGUUUGAGGUCGGCGGUUUCGUCAGUAAGAUCAGGGUGCCCGUCUUCAUCGGCAAUGCCGAGUUCGAUACCUUCGUGACUGGCCAGCCUGCGACGCUGAAGCAAGCUCUGGGCACUUUGGGUACGCUUCAUGACUUCAACGGCACUGCCGGCUACCACUGCCAGACUGGUGCUACGCAGGAGAUGGUGAGGUCUAUCUUUGCAUGGCUGAACAAGACUUUUCCCAAGACUUGA